AUGACUCAGCAUUUUUUAGGAUUUUUAAAACUGAAAUACACUCUCUGCUCAACGAACCCCUGUCUUAAUGGUGGUCUUUGUGAGGAAGAUGUGAAUAUAAAUGCAGGAUAUUUGUGCCAGUGCUUUGGAGGAUACACGGGGCUGAACUGUGAAAUCGGAUCUCCUUGCGGAAGCCAGCCAUGUCUUAAUGGAGGUUCUUGCUUCGAUAUUCCAGACUUACCAACAGGAUACCUGUGUCAGUGCCUGGAUCAAUAUUCAGGUUCAAACUGCGAACUGAACAAUCCUUGUGGUGUUCAACCUUGUCAAAACGGCGGAAGUUGCAUCAUUAACACCGAACUUCCAAGUGGAUAUUACUGCGAUUGCAUGUUGGGAUACUCCGGAAUUAAUUGUGCUCAAGGAAAUGCAUGUGUUACGCAGCCAUGUCUAAAUGGCGGAGAAUGUAUUAACGAUCCCGCUGAGGUUGGUGGUUACCAAAUCCCUGUGGAACACAACCUUGUCAAAAUGGUGGCAUAUGCUACGAAGAUUUUAACCAAGCGUCUGGUUAUUCCUGUCAAUGCUCGAAUGGCUUUAUUGGAACAAAUUGUGCCGUGGUUGAUCCAUGCGGUACGUUGCCAUGCCAAAAUGGGGGACAGUGCGUCACUUCAACGACUAUACCUGGGGAAUAUUUCUGUCAGUGUCCACAGGAAUAUACGGGCACCAAUUGCGAACAAGCGAAUCCGUGUAGCGACAGACCUUGCCAAAAUGGUGGACAAUGCUUUAAUACUCCGGAUCAACCCGAGGGGUACCUUUGCCAGUGUAUUAGUGGGUUUGAAGGAAGAAAUUGUGAACAAGGGAACCCGUGUGGUCCAUAUCCUUGUCAAAACGAUGGAACUUGUUACAGGACUACCAGUCUACAAAGAGGAUAUAUCUGCCAAUGUUCAUCAGUAUAUACGGGGACCAACUGCGAGGAACCUAACCCAUGCGGUAGCCAACCUUGUCAGAAUGGUGGAAGAUGUAACAGUGACACGAAUAAUCCAAAUGUAUACACGUGUGAAUGUCCUAGCAGUUACACUGGAACAUUCUGUGAAAUCGCAAAUCCGUGUGGAUCGCAGCCCUGCAUGCAUGGUGGUGACUGUAUUGUCGAUAUUAGCCAGUCUAUCGGAUACAGUUGUCAGUGUCAAACUGGAUAUUCAGGGACGACAUGUGAUCAGUUGGAUCCCUGCGGCUUCGAACCUUGUGAGAAUGGGGGCAACUGCUACCCUGUACCAAACCAACCCGGUACAUACGUUUGCCAGUGUUUACAGGGCUUUAUCGGGACUCAUUGCGACACAGGAUCCAUGCGCAAGAGAACUAUGCCAAAAUGGUGGACAGUGUAACAGCGACCCGACUCUGCUGGACGGAUUUUAUUGCGUCUGUCCACUGGGUUAUUCAGGGACAUACUGCGAAAAUUCUUUUCUGACGUGUCCGGAUUAUUUGAACAUGGUUUGUGAAAACGGUGGCGUUUGCUUUAUGAAUUCCGACAUGGAGAUGGGUUAUGUUUGUACUUGUCCGAUGGGAUUCAACGGUUAUAACUGCGAAAUCGAUUUAAAUAUGUGCGAAAAUUCUGGACCUUGCGAACGAGGCCAGUGUCGUAAGACGUCAUCGGGGCCUGUUUGCGUAUGCCCCGAUGGAUGGGCUGGAGACAAAUGCGAACAAAAGCUUGACCUGUGUGGGGAAGGUGCAUGCUUUAAUGACGGACGAUGCAUCGUGGUUGGUGAACAGGAGGUGUGUGCAUGCUCCGGUGGUUAUGGCGGAAGUCGAUGCGAUACACUGGUGGCUGCUGGCUGUGUACAUGUUACGUCAUCAGUUAUGUUUAUAUUAUUCGUAUCGAUAUUUUUAUUAUCAAUUUUCAUGCAUAAUUGGUAGAAAAAACAAAUGCAUUGCAAACAUUGUAAAUAUUUUUUCAUACACCAUCUCAUUACUGUAACCACUUUCAACAGGUGUAGCAUCAUGUACUUGUGAUGAUAGCGCCCUCAAGCAUUCAUAAAUAAAUAGCGUGCUACGGCUCAUACCGCUAAUCAGAUACCC